AUGUCAAGUGUACAAGAACAAGAGUUACCAGAACCAGACCAUUACAACGAUGUUAUGAGUGGUGACGGUCAAGAUGAUGAUGAUGAUGUUGAGAUGCUAGAUUCUGUGAAUGAGGAUCCAACUGUUGGUUGUGCACCUGCACAAGUUGCACAUGGAAAGAAAAAUAGACUUAGAUCCGAAGUUUGGGAAUUUUUUAAACUCGUUAAGUAUAAGGAUGGUACAACGAAGGGGGUGUGCAAGGCUUGUAAUGUAGGAUAUAAAUAUGAAAGCCAAAGAGGUGGAACCUCAGCCAUGAAAAGGCAUAAGUGCAUUAAACGUAGGAUAUGUCUAACAUCAGACAUGUGGACUUCUGUAACAACUACUGGAUAUAUAAGCUUAACUGCGCACUAUCUUGAUAAAGAUUGGGUAUUGCAAAAGAAGCUUCUGAAUUUCUCUCCCCUUCCACCACCUCAUACAGCUCUUAUUGUAAAAGAAGGACUUACGAAGAUUGAUCCAGCCGUGCUUAAGAUUCGAGCGUCAGUGAAGUCCCUUAAAAAGUCCCAAGUAAGAAAACAAAAGUUCUUGGACAUUGUUGAAACUUUAGGAAUGUCUGGUCUGAAAAAGGGUAUUCGGCAAGAUGUAAAGACAAGGUGGAAUUCAACUUAUCUUAUGUUAGACAGUUGUAUCUUGUAUAAGACAGUUUUCUCUCAUUUGAAGUUGGUGGAUUCAGACUAUGAAGACUGUCCAACUAAUGAAGAAUGGGAACAAAUUGAAGUAGUCACAAAGUUUCUCAAGGUGUUUCAUGAACUCACAAAGGAACAUGGUAAAAGAGAUGCAAGAAAAUUUGAUAGUUACUGGAAGGAGUUGAGUCCUAUAUUGGCUAUGGCAGUUGUGUUAGAUCCUAGAUCGAAAAUGAAUUUUGUGAAAUUUACUUACUCCAAGUUGUAUCCUGAUGAGAGAGAAUUAGAAUGUCAAGUUAAUAAAGUGCAUAGUAAUAUAAAAGCACUUUUUAAUGAGUAUUACACCUUGUCAAGUUCAAGAGCUUCCAACAGUUGUGCAGCUCAAAAUUUGAGUGUUCAAAAUGGUGGGAAUUUUGCUGCCCAAGAAGGGAGUGAUUUUUUUCAGGAAUAUGUUGCAACACAGGAACGUGGUGGUAAUGUAUUAACUGACUUGUCAGAGUUAGAUGAAUAUCUUGGCGAGACGUACAGAGGUUGUCUAAAUUCACUAGACAUCCUUAACUAUUGGAAGAACCAUGAACAACAAUAUCCAGUACUUUCAAGAAUGGCAGGGGAUAUUUUGUCAAUUCCUAUUUCAACCGUCGCAUCGGAGUCUGCAUUUAGCAUUGGAGGAAGGGUGAUUGAUCGAUUUCGCAGUUCCUUAUUACCUGAAAAUGCUGAGGCGUUAAUAACAACUCGUGAUUGGGAAUAUGGAAUUGGAAAAGAAGAUAUGGAUGAGGACAAUGUGAUCGUUGAAGAAGAUAUAUUAGGAUUUCAACCUGACGCAGUGGAGGAUGGGGCAGUGGAGGAUGUGUAG